UCAACACAAAAAUGGAUUCAAUAGAUGAUUUUGAACCGAAAGAGCUCCACUCAGGAUACAAGAUUUUAAAAAAUAAGCAGGAAACCAAACAAGCUAUAUUCUCAGAUAUGGAUAAAGUUUCUAUGCAUACGGACCCAAAUCAGACUGCUUUACUAGAAAUGAAAAAGCCAAUCCCAACUGGUAAAAUAUAAACAGUGAUAAAAGACAGAUGUUCGAGACCCUGAUUGCUCGUGAUAAGGAACUCCAAAAUGAUAUGAGCUCACUCGAGUUAAGCCCUCGAAAGGAUGAGGAAGAGAAAUCAGCCCUCUUCAUGGACAAAUCUAAUUUUAUCUCAGAAAGCUUCCUUGAAGAGCUAAAUGGAAAUCAUUACAGUCACUCUGGGAUCCCUAUCAGGGAGGAUUUUGACAAUGACUCGAUGGAUGUCACUCGUAUUGAGACCGAACUUCAGGGAAAAGAUAAGAAGGAUUUCACUGACCUCAGAAUGGUACAGGACUUUCAAGCACAUAAUUCGCAAAUCUGGGUCUGCGUCAUUAGCCAUAACUCCCAGUAUAUUGCUACUGGAUGAAAUGAAGGCUAUCUAAAGAUCUGGAAGAUCCUCACCGAUCUUGAAGAUGCAGAUGAUCCUUACACAUUACUCAAAACUGAGCCAUAUGCAGUAAUGCCUCCUUCAAAAGAGAUGAAUUGAGCGAUACUUGAUUUAUCCUGGUGCCCAAAAGUCCCUAAUUUUAUCGUCACAGCUCAAUUUGAUAAGAGAGCUGUCCUCUGGGAUAUAGAUAAACCAGGAGAGCCCUUAAGAGAGUUUGAGCAUACUGACGCAGUUACAUGUGUAGAAUUCCACCCAGAUUCUGAUGAUUCCUCCUUAACUUUAAUCACUGGCUCAAUUGAUAAAACAUAUCAAGUCUGGAGUAAAAGGGAGGAAAGGAGUGUUUGCAGCCAGCAAGCUAAGGAUUACAUCACUGCCUUAGCAAUCUCCCCUGACGGAGUUAGAGUAGUCAUUGGUGUCAACAUGGGGCAGUUGAUAGUCUGUGCUUAUGAUAAUGAAAAACUUAACUACAUCUCAACCAUUGUUGUCAAAAACAGACAUGGGAAAUUCUCCAAUGGUACCAAAGUGACAAAAAUUCUCUUCCUAGACAACACAGAUAUCUUAGUAACAACUAAUGACUCUCGGAUGCGGAUUAUAAAUGUUGAAGAGAAGUUCAUCAUUCCUGGAGUCUCCCAGAUCAAAUUUAAAGGUCAUAUCAACAUGAGCUUGCCUAUCAGGGCAAGCAUCAGUGAAGGGCUUGAGUACAUAAUCUGAGGCUCUGAAGAUGGGUAUGUCUACAUCUGGAAUAAGCCAAAUGGAGCUGAGGAAAUAGAGAAGCACUGUAGGAACUCCUCCUACGAGAGAUUCUCUCCCUUCAGUCCUGAAAAUAUCAUCCCAACGAGUACUCUAUUCUGCCCUUUUGAGAUUUACAAAAUCUUCAUGCAGAAGUACAUGAUGUUUGGCAUUGAGAAAGGCCUUAAUGGGAUCAUUGUCGUGACUAACUUCGAAGGCCUUCUGAGGGUAUUCCACAACACAUGUAAAAUAAGUUAGGAAUCAAGGAACAUUUCCAUAAAUUAGGUACUUUAGAGCAUAUUCAAUA